AGUAGAACUGUGCAGGCCCAGAGGCCCCUCCACACUUCCUGUGUGGGGCUCAGAAACCUGCCUCCCCUCCCAGUUGUGGGUGCCUGCUUCAAAAAAUGAAGUGAUAAACUUACUCGCCUCCACCAUCUUAGGUAAAGUGAGGAUUCGGUGAGAGAAGGAUGCCGUCGGGCGCUCUCUGGUUGGUUCUGGGACUGUGCCUCUUUUCAGCUGGUGCUUGGGGACAAGAAAAUGAAGACAUUGAUGAACUUACACAGAAAAGAUACAAAGUCUCCAUCUCCGGAACCAGAGUGGUGCUGACUUGCCCUGAGGACCCUGAAUCUGAGAAAAUAACAUGGAAGAAAAACAAUAAAGCAAUAGACGACGAGAACGAGGUCCGCCUAGUCCUGGAUAAUUUUUCCGAAGUGGAGGACAGUGGCUAUUUUACCUGCCACCCAAAGGACAGCCAUUCUCUCUACUUGAGAGCAAGAGUGUGCGAGAACUGCAUGGAGGUGGAUCUGACAGUGGUGGUCACCAUCGUCAUAGUCGACGUCUGCGUCACCCUGGGCUUGUUGCUGCUGGUUUACUACUGGAGCAAGAAGAGGAAGGCCAAGACCAAGCCCGUGACUCGAGGAGUGGGAACUGGCGGCAGGCCCAGGGGACAAAACAAGGAGAAGCCACCACCUGUCCCCAACCCAGACUAUGAGCCCAUCCGGAAAGGCCAGCGGGACCUGUAUGCUGGCCUGAAUCAGCAAGGGAUCUGACAGCUCCCAAGGCCCCCUUCGCCCCCUGCCCAGGUCUGGCUCCUCUCCAGCACCCUGCUACUCGUUCCCUGGACACGUCUUGGACCCCACAAGAGAAUUAUUCUUCUGCCUUGUGGUCAACUCACCCUACAGCCUUUUCCCAGCACCCUCCUUCUUGCCUUCUCUGCUGGUGCCCACCUAGGAUGUUACUGUUUCAUUGUCCUUUGAAACAUCAUCUCUUGUCCCCCUGGCACCUGGCCUGCCCUCCUGCCAGAUGCUUCUGUCUGUUAUUCCCUUCCCCUGUCCCCUCCCCCAUCAUGUCUGUGCCUUCCCCCUUCCAGUCCCUCCUUUUCCUGCAUGUACGUUCUCCCCCAUCCCUAAUUAUGCCACCUGCCUCUCUCUUUUUCUAGCUCUCUGUUUUGCAACCCUCUCUGAGGCUGAACUGGGUAACUGUUGGCAAAAUGUCCUGCCCAUGCACAGAUUCAGGGCCCAGAGCCAGCCCUGUGCUCCCUGCCCUCUGCUGUAGGCCCCUGGACGGUCAUCGGCUUCUCCUUGCAUGCUCUAGCUCCUUGUCAGCUGAGAGAGAAAAGAAAUAAAGUGUAUUUGGCUGAAGGA